CAGAAACUCAUAGCUCUUGGAAAUCUUUCUGAUUCAGUUUCUUUGUUAAUAGAGUUUUAUCUCCUCCCAUAACAUGUAUGCAUCUGCAAGUUGAAGAGUACCUCACCAAUGAAGGGUUUCUUAAAAGGGUUGAGGUACAUUGCUCGUAUCUUCGAGGAUGCGAAGGAACCAGAGAUACAGAUUGGAGAACCGACCGAUGUCAAACAUGUUGCUCAUAUAGGAUGGGAAGGGCCCUCUGCUACGACCCCAAGCUGGAUGCAUGAGUAUAAGUCUCCAGAUUCAAAAGGAAGUUCCAACAAGAAAGAGAAGCAAAGGAACAAGGGGAGGCGUAAAUCAUCUACAAACACAAACAACUCACCUGCAGAGUCUCCAUCAAGGGUGGGAGGAUCAACGAGGACAUCAAGACGCAGCACGGGUAAGCAGAGAGAGCAGGACACAGGUGAAGGGUCAGAGUCAGGUUCAGGGAUAGACUUACCUCAACAAAAUGAUCAGUCCUUGGGACAGAAAAAAUCUAGGCAGAAGAAGUCAAGAGGGGCAACAGGUGGAGGAGGACGAGGCGGUGAACCUGCAAAGUCAAAAGAAACAAAUAUAUCCGUGCAGGGUGAGAAGGAGAGUUUUUCUUGAUCAAGUUUAGACUAGAGUGGUGUUUUUGUUUUUCUUCUCAUCAUCUACAUACCUUUUUCUUUUCUGAUCUCCCUUUUGUUGGAGAUGCAUUUGUAUAACAAGACCAAUGUUUUUAUCAAG